AACCCCCCUGCCUGCCCCGAGCCGAGCGAAUCCGGAGUCACACCGGGAUCGGGCCCGGGCUGCGGAGGGGAAAUGACACGGCGCGCCGCUUCCUGGGGUGGGGGAGCCGCGGCCCCAGCGCUCGCUGCCUCCCUGGCGCUCACACGGCGAGUCGGGGCGCCAGGGGCGCAUGGCCCGCGGCGCGAUGGACCGGUGCUCGAACCACAGUCCCGCGGAUGAGACCAUCUCAGCCCUGCGCCCUGACCGGUUGGCCAGCCUGGAACUCCGGUUGCAGAGCCAGGAGGAGGAGCUGACGCUGGUGAAAUCAGCACUGGCUGACGCGCUGCGGAGACUCAGCCUCUACGACCAGCAGAUCCCACUCCUCACGCAGCAGCUACUGGCAGUGAAUGAUGCCGUCCCAGACACCCGGCUGUUCUUGGAUCCUUCGCUGGGCCAUGGGGCAUCCUGGAUCCCACUGACUGCCAGCUGCAGCCCAGUGCCUGCAUCGGGAGUUGUGUGCCAUGAGGAGUUGGGUGCAGGGAGCCCGCUGGGCGCCCCCAUCAGCACCGGGACCCAGACUGACGAGUCGGCCCUGUUGGAUGUGAAGUGGGGCUGGAGCCCCAGCCACAGGACCCCGCCAGGGAUCGGGGUCAAGGCAGAAGAGCCAAACGCCCUGGGGAUGCCUCACAGUCCACUAGGCCUGGCCCAGCCAGCCUCAGCCCCCGACAUACUGGGAGCAGGGCCUUCCCAGGACUCCUCCGAGCCUCCCCACGACUGUGAAGCAGCUGCCCCACUCCAGGGCAGUGCAAAUGGCAGCCAGCCCUCUGAGAGUCAGCUCCAUAGGGAGGAGAUGCUAUCCCCGGAGCCCCCAUCCGAGGGGAGCAGCAGCAACAGUGCCACGGCCUCCCCGGUGCCAGCGGUCCAUGCCUUGAAAGGCACCAGGAAAGAGCUCCUGCGCAGGAACAGCUCCUCCGACAAGCCUGACAAGGCCAAGGCCCGGCAGCGCCUUAGCAAGAAGGCAGCAUCCUCCGCCAACCUGCUCACGCGCUCCAGCAGCCUGGAGAACCGGAUGAAGGACCCUAACCUGAGCCCAGGGCCCUUGGGGUCUCGGCGUGGGACCUACAACCUUGAGGGCCUCUCGAUCAAGAUGUUCCUGCGGGGCCGGCCCAUCACCAUGUACAUUCCAUCGGGCAUCUCCCACUACGAGGAGCUGCGUGCGGAGCUGCCUGCUGAGCACCUGCAGCUCGACUGGGUCUAUGGGUACCGCGGCCGGGACAGCCGCUCCAAUCUUUACGUGCUGGCCUCAGGGGAGCUGGUUUACUUCAUCGCCUGUGUGGUGGUGCUGUACCACAUCCAGCACCGCAGCCAGCGCCACUACCUGCGCCACACCGACUGUGUGCGAUGCCUGGCUGUGCAUCCCGACAGAGUGCGCGUGGCCACAGGGCAGACUGCUGGAGUGGACAAGGAUGGCAAGCCCCUGCAGCCCUUCGUGCACAUCUGGGACUCCUCCACGCUGCUCACCCUGCAGCAGAUUGGCCUGGGGAGCUUCGAGCGGGGCGUUGGCUCCCUUGCCUUCUCCACUGCUGACCAGGGGGCCUAUCUGUGCGUGGUGGAUGACUCCAAUGAGCACAUGCUGUCGGUGUGGGACUGUGCCCGCGGCACCAAGCAGGCCGAGAUCAAGAGCACCAACGAGUCCGUGUUCACAGUGGAGUUCAACCCCCAGGACAGCAGCAACUUCAUCACCAGCGGGAAAUCCCAUGUCUACUUCUGGACCUGGAGCGGCAGCACCCUGAGCAAGAAGCAGGGCAUCUUCGGGAAGUACAAGAAGCCCAAAUUCAUCCAGUGCUUCCUGUUCGAUGCCAACGGGGACGUGCUGACCGGGGACUCAGAGGGGAACAUCCUGACCUGGGCGCGCACGGCCGCUGACAUCCGCACGCUGGGCAAGGGCGCCAAAGAGACCUACCAGAUCGGUCGUCAGACCCGGGCACACGAAGGCAGCAUCUUCUCGCUCUGCCUGCGGCGCGACGGCUCGGUGCUGAGUGGGGGGGGGAAGGACCGGCGCCUCGUGCACUGGAGCCCCAGCCUUGCCCUGCUUCAGGAGGUGGAGAUCCCGGAGCAGUUUGGGGCUGUGCGCACCAUCGUCGAGGGCCCCGGGGCCGAGCUGCUGGUUGGGACUACACGCAAUGCGCUGCUCAGGGGCAGCCUUGCUGCUGGCUUCACCCCCAUCAUCCAGGGUCACACAGACGAGCUGUGGGGCUUGGCCACCCACCCCUCGCAGAGCCUCUUCCUCACCUGCGGGCACGACAGGCAGGUCUGCAUGUGGGACAGCGGGGAGCACACGGCGGCUUGGAGCCUCACCCUGGAGGAGACUGGGCUCUGCGCUGAUUUCCACCCCAGUGGCCGGGUGGUGGCUGUAGGACUCAACACUGGACGGUGGCUGGUGCUGGACACAGAGACACGGCAGGUGCUGUCGGGGGGCUCGGACGGGAACGAGCAGCUCUCGGUGGUGCGCUAUUCACCAGACGGUGAGUUCCUAGCCAUCGGCUCUCACGACAACUUCAUCUACAUCUACAGCGUGGGGGAGGGGGAGCGCAAGUACAGCCGCUUCGGCCGCUGCACGGGACACUCCAGCUUCAUCACCCACCUGGACUGGUCCAAGGACAGCAAGUUCAUCAUGUCCAACUCUGGAGACUACGAGAUCCUCUACUGGGAUGUGGCUGGCGGCUGCAAGCUGUUGAGGAAUCGCUUUGAGAGCCGCGACCGGGAGUGGGCAUCGUACACCUGCGUGCUGGGCUUCCACGUUUUUGGUGAGGGUUGGGCGCCCAGCCACGUGUAUGGGGGCCACGGGAGCCAUGUGACUAAUGUGCGCUUCACGAAUGAUGACAGCCACCUGGUCUCACUGGGGGGCAAGGACACCAGCAUCUUCCAGUGGCGGGUGCUGGGGGGCAGCCUCCCGCACAGCUGCUCGCUCUCCUCUGCCUCCCUCUCUUCCCAGGAGGCUGGGGGCUGCGCCUGAGCUGGAGACACUGCAGGGACCAAGCCUCAUUGCCUGUGGGCCUGGACAGCUCUGGCACAUGGACCCCAGCAAGCCAGGCCCAGCCAGAGGGUUCCCUCACCUCCUGGCACUAACGCGUGCUAAUAAUGCGACCUGCUUCAUUAACACUGGGGGGCAGGCCUGGAUUCUGCUCAGGGCCCAGCACAGGUUAGAGUGGUGGGGCAGGGCCGAGGGCCUGUUGGCAGCUCCCACCAGGGCCCAGGGGCUCAGCUGGGAGGGUGCUGGGAUUGGGGCUCUUGCCUUGAAGUCCUCAUUGCAUGAGGGCCGGGGGGAGGGGGGGAUGUCUGGCAGGGGAACUCAUGGGUUAGGGGGACCAUGUGGGUGUUAAUGGAGGCAGCCCAUCUUUAGUCCUGGGGCUGUCCUGUGUCCACCCUCACUCGGUUCCCCAUUCCCAGAACGUGUGUACAAUGGGGCCUGUCCACCUGGGGGCAUUCUCUCCCCCCAGGAGUCUGAGGGCUGCCCCCAACGCUGGGACCAAGCCUGGAGAAGCAGGACACUGCUCUCCCCGCUUCGUUUACAUUCCUGGCUGCGCCAGAGCAGCAAGACGCUGAACACUGUGAGAGGCAGCAAUAAAGCCUUGG